CUUUGUGUGGUGGUGUGGCACGUGGUUACUAGGCAAUCUUCCUUUAACGCUCGCUGUGUUAUAAAGUUUUUAGAGAUUGAUAAACGCGUACAAAAACGCGAGUAAGCUGUGCUAAAUAUAAAAACUAACAAACAAGAACAUCAUUCGGCCUGAUCAAACAGACGAUGCUUUUCUGGCACUUUCCGCUCGGAAGUGAUUUAACGUUAGAAGAUUUGCCGAAGAGAUUACGGGAUUCAGGAGUGGAUUAUAACAAGACUUUAAUGUAUUUCUUUGUGAAACACGCAUGUGGAUUUAUUUUUGCAAUAUAUUUAUUUUCAAAUUCCCCGGGUGUUUCAACAUAACUCGAAUUGAAACGUGUGGAAAUAUUUUGCCAUCCUACGUUUAGUGAAUACAUAAAAUGGGAGAUGACAGGGAGCUGCUUGAGGCUUCUCAGUUUAUCAAAGAUCGUCUGUAUUUUGCUACACUUAGAAGCAAACCCAAAAGCACAGUCAACACACAUUUCUUCUGUACAGAUGAGGAGUUUAUUUAUGAAAAUUUUUAUGCAGAUUUCGGACCCCUCAAUCUGGCAAUCCUCUACAGAUAUUGCUGCAAACUGAACAAAAAACUAAAGUCUUUCACUUUAUCUAGAAAGCGUAUCAUCCACUACACCAGUUAUGAUCAACGAAAAAGAGCCAAUGCUGCUUUUCUUAUUGGUGCUUAUGCAGUAAUCUACUUAAAGAGAACUCCAGAGGAAGUGUAUCGGGCUUUGAUUACAGGAACAAAUGUGUCAUACCUGCCCUUUAGGGAUGCUGCUUUUGGGAACUGCACAUAUAAUUUAUCCAUUUUAGACUGUUUACAUGGUAUCCGCAAGGCCCUACAGCAUGGGUUCUUUAACUUUGAGAACUUUGAUGUUGAAGAAUAUGAACAUUAUGAGCGUGUUGAAAAUGGUGACUUUAACUGGAUUGUUCCAGGAAAGUUAUUGGCCUUCAGUGGACCUCAUCGCGAGAGCAAAAUUGAGAAUGGUUACCCUGUUCAUGCUCCAGAAGAUUACUUCCCCUACUUCUGCCAGCACAACGUCACAGACGUUGUGCGCCUAAACAAAAAAAUCUAUGAAGGCCGGCGCUUCGCAGAUGCUGGGUUUGAGCAUCACGACUUGUUCUUCGUAGAUGGCACCACGCCUAGUGAUCUGAUCACAAGACGCUUUUUGCACAUCUGUGAAAGUGCCAAGGGUGCUGUGGCGGUCCACUGCAAAGCUGGGCUUGGUAGGACGGGGACACUGAUAGGCUGCUACCUGAUGAAACAUUAUCGUUUCUCAGCACCUGAGGCUAUUGCCUGGAUACGGAUCUGCAGGCCUGGCUCUAUCAUCGGACCGCAGCAGCAAUUUCUCGAACAGAAACAACACAGUAUGUGGGUACAAGGUGACCUUUAUCGUUCAAUGCAAAAACAACAGCAGCUAAGGCAAAGCCGGCAACAGGACAGAGACAUGUCCCAUCUCAUCUCCAACAUGGAUGACAUUUCCAUCGACAGUACCCGUAUUCAGCCACAGAUUGUGAAUGAGAAUGACUUCAGAGAAGAGGAAAUGAUUCAAACUCAAGGAGACAAACUACUAGCCUUAAAGGGCCAACGCCAUCCCAGAUCUUCCAUCACAGCCCAUAGUGGAAAACAUCCAGUUCCAGGUACCAUUUCCCCUCCAAAACCUUCCAAAACUCCUCUCUUUCUCUCCUCCUCGCCUGCACAGCGAAGACUAGCACGUAGCCCUUCAUACUCUGCUGGCAACCUUAAAAGCCCACGAUUAGCUCACUCACUUGGAAACCUUUAUGAUGAAAAUAACUUCCACGAAGAUGACAACAGCACACCUCCCUCUUUCUUCCCUCCUUCGCCAUCUCUUGCCCUAACCCAGUGCCCCCCAGCUCCUCCAUCAGGGUUAAGCUUUGGCUACCCCACUGCUGACACCAGACUCCCUCCUUCCCAUCUAAACUACAACCAAGAGGCCGACACUAAUCUCAACAGCCUCAAUGGAGUUAGCAACAUCAACGCUAGCCGCGCAGUCAGGCCUGUAAACAGGACUGGCUACAAUCUGUUCUCUAGUAACCGCCCGAACCCGCGUAGAGGUCCAGGACGUUCUGGACUUCGUGGGUUUCCAGCACGCUACCUCAGCAGAUCCAUUCCAUCCCUUCAGUCUGAAUAUGCUCAGUACUAAGGCUGUGGAUAUCCACUAAAGAAGAUUACAGCUGAUCUUCUGACUAUCGUUGGAUCCUCAAUUUCUUUACAAAGCUGCUAAAAUAUUAAAUAAAUCACACACUGGGUGUAAAGUGUUCAUUAAUGACUUUAUUAAGUCUUUCAAUUAAUUUUGAAAGUACAAUUUCAGUUUUAUGUAAAAUUUACAAACAAAUGUAUUUUAUUUUGUCUACAGAAAAUCAAAUGUAUCUACUGUAGCUGCUGGAUACAGUGACUAAUAUUUCUUUGAUUUUUUUUGUAGAAAGUCCAAUUAAAUGGAGAGUUUAGCUGUGUGUGUGUGUGUGUGUGUGUGUGUAUUACAUGGGUGUGUGUUUGCUAGAGAUAUGUAUUAUGUUCAUAUGUAUUUUACUCUCAUGGCUGAAUCAAUAGUCAUGUGAUUGUACAGAAAUGUGAUUUAUAAAACAUUUUGUACA